AUGAGGGAUCACCCACGCAGCCCCCGCCAGGGAUCCCCCGCCCCUCAGUUCCCCCCGCGCAGCCUCUCCGACGAGCUGGGCGACUUCAUGUCCUCGACGGACGACGAUGAGGAGAGGGACUACGACGACAGCGAGGAGGAGGAAGAGGAGGAUGACGACGACCAGAGGACCCUGGCGACGCCCAUGUCGUCGCGCAAGUCGUCGCAGGACAGCUUCUUCGACGAAGACGACGAGGUGCCCGAGGAGUUCCCGCCGCUGCUGAAGCCCUUUCCCGCUAGCACGAGCAUGCGCAAGUUUGCCAGGAUUGACUACGCGCGCGGGGCGGGGCAUCAUGCGGCGCGGCGGAUGACGUGGUCAAGCUGA